GCGGCCCACUGGCGGCAGCACGAGCAGGAGGGGGAGUGUCAUCGCCUGGCGCUGCAGCUGCAGGGAGCACCGGCUGUCAUGGACCUGCCCUUCCCCUUCCUGCACCAGUCUGUCAUCCAGGUGGAGCAAGGCCGUCACACAGUGUGCUCCGUCCUCACCUCCCUCCACCUGCAUGCCCGCGGUCCCUACGCUGCCCUCUGCGGUCCGUAAGGCUCCUUCCCACUUUCUCCCACCCUCUCCAUUCUCUCCCACCCUCACCCAUUCUUUCCCACCCUCUCCUCACCCUCUCACUGGGCCUUCCCCUCCACUCGCCCGCUGCUCUGCUGCUGCACACGCCGCUCACCAUCCUCCUCGCCCUCCACCUGCUCCUCCAGCCCGCCCCGCCGCCUCCUCCCGUCCCUACCACGAUUCAAGCCCCGGGCCACACGCCUGCAGCUGAGAAGGAGCAGAGGGGAGCGGAUCAGAGCGCAUAUGCAGAGGGGCAGCAGCAGUGCCGGCGGUGUGGGCUGACCACUCGCCCCUCUCUCUGCGUCCACGUGCUUGGGGCGGACAGGGAGGCUCAAGAGGCGGCUGCACUGGCGGAGCUGAGAGUGCUGCUGCCUGGAAUGGAUACGUGUGUGCACCUCAUUGGCCCCGCCAUUCCACUCCACAUGGAAGACAUGUGGUGCAUGUGUGACCCGUAUGCACCUUGUGCGUGUUCCAUGUGCCACUUAUCCCCUGUGUUUGCUGCACAUGCCACCCAUCCCCAUGCCCUAACUCCUCAUCCUCACAUGCUCUGUCAUCCUCACAUGCUCUGUCAUCCUCACAUGCUCUGUCAUCCUCACAUGCUCUGUCAUCCUCACAUGCUCUGUCAUCCUCACAUGCUCUGUCAUCCUCACAUGCUCUGUCAUCCUCACAUGCUCUGUCAUCCUCACAUGCUCUGUCAUCCUCACAUGCUCUGUCAUCCUCACAUGCUCUGUCAUCCUCACAUGCUCUGUCAUCCUCACAUGCUCUGUCAUCCUCACAUGCUCUGUCAUCCUCACAUGCUCUGUCAUCCUCACAUGCUCUGUCAUCCUCACAUGCUCUGUCAUCCUCACAUGCUCUGUCAUCCUCACAUGCUCUGUCAUCCUCACAUGCUCUGUCAUCCUCACAUGCUCUGUCAUCCUCACAUGCUCUGUCAUCCUCACAUGCUCUGUCAUCCUCACAUGCUCUGUCAUCCUCACAUGCUCUGUCAUCCUCACAUGCUCUGUCAUCCUCACAUGCUCUGUCAUCCUCACAUGCUCUGUCAUCCUCACAUGCUCUGUCAUCCUCACAUGCUCUGUCAUCCUCACAUGCUCUGUCAUCCUCACAUGCUCUGUCAUCCUCACAUGCUCUGUCAUCCUCACAUGCUCUGUCAUCCUCACAUGCUCUGUCAUCCUCACAUGCUCUGUCAUCCUCACAUGCUCUGUCAUCCUCACAUGCUCUGUCAUCCUCACAUGCUCUGUCAUCCUCACAUGCUCUGUCAUCCUCACAUGCUCUGUCAUCCUCACAUGCUCUGUCAUCCUCACAUGCUCUGUCAUCCUCACAUGCUCUGUCAUCCUCACAUGCUCUGUCAUCCUCACAUGCUCUGUCAUCCUCACAUGCUCUGUCAUCCUCACAUGCUCUGUCAUCCUCACAUGCUCUGUCAUCCUCACAUGCUCUGUCAUCCUCACAUGCUCUGUCAUCCUCACAUGCUCUGUCAUCCUCACAUGCUCUGUCAUCCUCACAUGCUCUGUCAUCCUCACAUGCUCUGUCAUCCUCACAUGCUCUGUCAUCCUCACAUGCUCUGUCAUCCUCACAUGCUCUGUCAUCCUCACAUGCUCUGUCAUCCUCACAUGCUCUGUCAUCCUCACAUGCUCUGUCAUCCUCACAUGCUCUGUCAUCCUCACAUGCUCUGUCAUCCUCACAUGCUCUGUCAUCCUCACUGCCCCCACACCGCACCUCCUCACUGCCCCCUCGACCACACCUCCCCGCUGCCCCUGCACCACACCUCCUCUGCAGGCACGGCAAGCGCAUUCUCCUACAGCAUCCUCCCGCCUUUGAGCCUUGCGAGCCACACCCUGCCCAACCACAACCUGCCGAACCACAACCUGCCGAACCACAACCUGCCGAACCACAACCUGCCGAACCACAACCUGCCGAACCACAACCUGCCGAACCACAACCUGCCGAACCACAACCUGCCGAACCACAACCUGCCGAGCCACAACCUGCCGAGCCACAACCUGCUGAACCACAACCUGCCGAGCCACAACCUUUCGAGCCACAACCUGCCGAGCCACAACCUGCCGAGCCACAACCUUCCGAGCCACAACCUGCCGAACCACAACCUGCCGAGCCACAACCUGCCGAACCAAAACCUGCCGAGCCACAACCUGCCGAGCCACAACCUGCCGAACCACAACAUUCCGAACCACAAUUCGCCGAGCCACAACCACCAAAAGCAGCAGGCAUGGCAGUGCACUUCCACCGUGGCCUCUACCACCACGUGCUGCCCUCCCUUGCCUGCUCGCCACUCGCUCCUCCCCAUUCUUCUGAGCUCGCCAACCCUCCCACCACUACUGCUGUGUGCCCCUGCACCUCACUGCACCACUCGCAGCACGCAUCACCUCUCCAUCACAGCGACCAGCCGCAGAAGCCGUCCCAUCGCCACCAGUCAUCCCAUCCGCACCACCCGUCCUGCCACCCGUCCUGCCACUGCCCUGCGCUGCUCUUCCUCCCCAACGCGGGCCUGCCUGCCUUCCCCUCCUGGCGAGACACGCUGCGUCACACCACCCUACCCAUUUCUGCCCCUACCAGACCCUCAUGCUGCGGGGUGGGUUGCCAGCACUGAUCACGGCCCACAGCCACGAGGCAGCAGAGAGAGCUCCUUGCUAGACCGUCGUGCUACCUGCCUGUCUCCCCACCUUUUUCCCCCCCACGCCCUCAUGCUGCACGACCCUCAUGCUGCGCCAGCCUGCCAUGUUGCAGUACAGGCUCCCAGCGCUCAUCUCGGACUACAGCCACGGGGCAGGAGAGAUGGGGCCAGGGAGGCAUCACGGGCGCCACAGUGCCUCAGCCAGUACUCACAGCACCGUGCCCCAUCCCUCUUCUCCCACCAGGUUCUCAUGUUGCAGUACAGGCUGCCAGCGCUAAUCACGGACUACAGCCACGAGGCAGCAGAGAGAGCCCGGGAGGCGCUGUGCUCGCUGGCUGCUGAGGUGCAACGAGGCGGCGCAGGAGGGGGGGUGCAAACGGAGGGCACGGGAGGGACUGCAGCGACCGCGGUUCUGCAACCUGUCGUCGGCGAGGUGCAGCUGAACCCCUUCCGCAUGCCCUUCGCCCAUCCCAUGGCCAGCCUCGCCCUGCCCUCCCUGCCCAACUGCUUCUACUUCACCCUCUCCUUCCCCACCGCACGCACGGAGCCCUCUUCUGCUGAUGCUGUGUUGCCCUCCCUGCGCAACUGCAACUGCUACUGCACCCUCACCUUCUGCGCCGCACCCACUGGUGCUCAUGCUGAGGCAUGCGCUUGUGCUGAUGUGCAUGCAUGUGCUGCAGAGACAUCAUCUGCGUGCUCCACUAGUGGUCAAAUUUCCUCGUACAUCUACCAUCGGGCUGUCGCAUCGUCGCUCGCAUCGUCGCUAGCGUCGUCGUGCAACAUGCUGCCGAGACCACUUCUGACAGCUGCCACCAUGGUGGCGGCGCACGGGUAUCCGGCGUACCGCUGCUUCAAAGCCAUGCAGCGACGCCGACCUGACAUGCACGAGCUCCUCUUCUUCUGCCAGUUCUGGGUGCUACUAUCGCUGCUGGCCCUUUUCGAGGGUCUCGCCGCGCCGCUGCUGGACUGGGUACCGCUGUACCACGAGGCCAAGCUCGCCUUCAUCGUCUACCUCUGGCACCCCCGCACGCAGGGCACAGAGACUGUGUAUGGUUCGAUGCUGCAACCUCUGCUGACCCGCCACGAACCAAUCAUCGACCGCCACCUGGCACACCUGGAGGAGCGGGGGAGAGACAUGGCUGUGGAUUGCUGGCGUGCUGGCGUGGCAUACACUGGUGCUCGAUUUGAGGAGCUCAUUGCUUACCUGGCGUCCCUGUCAGCACAGGCUGCUGCGUCAGCAGCACUGCGAGGAAUGGAGGGGAGUGGGAGGCGGGAGGAAAGGGAGAGGAGGGAGAGAGAAGUUGAGGUCCUGAGGAGUGAGAGGGCGGAUGGAACAGAGGGUAGGAAGGGAGAGGAGGAGCAGCAGGAGGAGGUGAGGGGGAGGAGGAAGUACCUGCAGCAGUACGGAGGGGAGGCGGUGCAGCUGAGGUCGGCAGUGGGAGUGCAGAAGGGGGGGUAUGAGAGACGGCUGCAGGGAGAGGAGACAGAGGGAACACCCAAUAAUGGGCGGAGAGCAGAGGUGGAGGAGCAGAGGGUGCAGCAGGGGAGCGAGCAGAGGCCGGGAGUGCACAGGCAGGCAGUGCGGUACAGAAAUGUGGACUCGGAUUCGGAUGGGGACGGUGGGGAGAGCGAUGGGGCGAGCGGUGGGAGUGGGGCGAGCAGUGAGUUUGAGAUGGUGGACGCUGAGAGGGAGUUCAGCACGGGCCCAGCAGCAGAUGAGCGUGCAGCUGCUGCUGCAGCUGGCUCUGCUGGCACAGGGCGAGGUGGGGGCAGUGGGUGGUGGGGGAGUAAGCACCUGGCAGCAGGCCUUGCGGGUCUGGGCCGGGCGUUGAGCCCCUCGAACAGCCAAGCAAGGCAGGCAGCACCACCACCACCUGCCAUGCUGCACGGCACUCUGCCUCCGGCUGCAUUGCUGCCAGCUGGGGUUGCGGGUGGCCAGGGGGGCUGUAGCAUCGAUGCUGCUGCUGCUGGGUUUGAUGACGUGGCACCAGAUCAAGUGGAUGACGUGGCAGCAGCCACAGUGGUGGGGGAGGCUUCGCCUCAUCCGAGUGGGAUCAACCUGCGCCCGCGGCGGUCCCAGCGGCCGAAGAAGCAGUUUUAG